AUGCCCGCAGGGGUUCCUGCGGCUUCGCCCGAGCCCUUCUUCCUUUGCUCACCGCGCGGCAGCAGUGCGGGCGAUUCCGACAGUUCGGGCUGCUCAUCGUGGGAGCUGGUCGAGCUGGAGUGCUACGACGAGGGGCAGGUGCCGGACCUGCCGGUAAGUGCGCUGCAGAGCGCCGACGAGACGGCUCGCUUCGGGUGCUGGCCGUUCGGUCUCCUGGUGUGGUCGCUCUUCUCUUUGGUGAGUGAUCCUAUCGUGGAGCAGGAUCCAGCGGACGAGGUCGAGGGUCUCGAGCUACAGAUGCCAGUGGAGCCAUGGUCUCGCCGUUUCUACCGCCAGAGUGCGACCGACGGUGUGGAGGUGCAGUUGGUGCGUCGCAAGAGUGGCAACGUGUGGGCCGUCAUCGGUCCGGACUUGACGUUGGGCCUGAUCUGUAUUACGGCGAAGACGUCCAUCUUCACGGACCCAGUGGCGGGUAUUCGGUGGCGGCCGAUGCCACCUCUUUCUGCUGCCCAGAGGGACGCCUAUGUCAGCCAGGCAACGGAGGGAUUGAAGGCGUCGUCAGUACCGACGUGGCCGCUGUAUCGCCCCGGCAAGGGUGGUCAGCAGGCGAUCGCGGUGAACGUCCUGUAUGCCGUUUUCAGCUCGGGGGCUUCGUCACUCAAGACGCUGAGGUGGUCUUUGAGGAGUCCCAAGCGUUUCCUGGGUGUGCUGGCCGCGUUGUUCGUAUUGUACGAGCUGCUGGUGUUGCUGGGCGUGAUCGAGUAUAUGAAGGAGGUCUGGGUGUACACGAUCAGCUACCUGGUCACGGCCAAGGAUGCGUUCGUGGAGAGCUCGGAGGUCGUCCAGGAGUGGGCCACCUACUUGUGGGAGUGGAAGGAGUGGGCCCAGAAGCUGAUGCCUCUUCAGCGUUGGUUUGCGAUGUUCUUGGCCCUGAUCCUUCUGACCAUCUGGGCGGCUCACGAGUGGUCGGACAGUGUGGAGUAUGGAGAGUCCUCGAUUGGGUCAUCAAGCGCUUCGAGUGUGGAUGUGCCCGUCGCUGCUACUGCUUCGGUGCCUCCGCCCUUGCCGCCGCCUGGCUCUCUUUCAAGCGGAGAGAGUGCCGCGCUGGCGAGCCAGCUGAACGAUCUCGUGGAGUCCCAGAAGGCCAUGAUGGAGGAGAUCAGCGAGAUCAGAACCGCCGAGAGGACGAGGGAGCUACGUCGGGAUGUACUCGAAGCUUCUCUGGACUCGCGGGGUCGUGCGGACGCCGAGGCCAACAAGCAGGUGAUCGAGGGCAUGAUUGCGCGGCUGGACCAGUUCGAGGCUCGUCUGAAGGGCGAGGUGCCUGCGGAGGCGGUAGCUGGCGAACGUGGUGCUGCUAUCGAGGGGGCGAGUUCUUCGGCUUCGGCGGUCGCCGUGCUCGGUUCGCCCACGAAGAGUGCACCCACGGCGUUGAUGGAGACGCCCGAGAAGCGAGCUGCCACUUCGCAGCCGGAGGCCGUCGAGCUGGCCAUCAAGCGGAUGCGCUUCAACGCUCAGUUGCCGCAGCAGGUGUUCAUGGAGCAGCUGGACGAGUACAAGGAGAUCGAGCCCGAGGAGUGGAACAGCCGCAUGCCCGAGGGUUACCGCCAGCGGAUCUCGGCCGAGGUGCUGUCAGAGAUCUACUCGUCAGGCAAGACGGCCGAGGCCUGGGCGCGGGACUUCAUCAGGGACCGGGGGCUGAGCGACUGCAACACGGCUCGGGAGAUGAUCGCGGCCUUCGCCGCGGUGGACACGAUGCUGAUGACCGAUCGUCAGAGGGGGCUCCUCAACCUGGUGAGCUUCGAGCGGUUGGUGCGAAAGGGCUACGCUAUUGUGAGGGCGUACCGCAACGUGAACUGCCGCGACGACUGGAGCCGCCCCAAGGAUGCCAAGAACUGGAAGUCGAAGGUGGACUGGGAAGCGGCACGUCGCUUGGACCCCCAGCUCGCCGACGAGAGCACUAUUCGGGUGAUGAGCGCCGAGGAAGAGAUGAAGAAGGCCAUGGGUCGCGACGCGCAGCUGAUGAAGGCGCGCUCCGAUCUGGUGGUGCUGUUCGCUCGCCCGGAGCGCCCCGCUUCGACUUCUCGUCGGGUGCUGUCGCGCUGGAAGGAGGAGAUGGAGCUGGUGGAGACGGCGAAUCGUGCUCUCUUGGCCUUGCGUCAGCUCUACCGCGGGAGCCUGGACGACAGUCUACUGGGCCUGGGCGACUGCUGGGGCCCGGGGAUCGUGCCCGACAACCUGGACGGGAAGUUGGAGAUGUUCAAGGAGGAGAUGUUGAGAGAGGAUGGCGAGGCUUGUGUUCAGGCCUGCGAGAUUCGUAACUACGUGGACCCGCAUUUCCGCAAGAAGAAGGUGGACGAGGUCGGGCUCUUUUGCGUCGUGAAGAAGGCGGAGCUGGUGGGGAGCGAGCCCGAGGUGACCCUGAGGCUGGUGUUCGACCAGAGGCGCUCCAACAUGCGGUGGCGGUCUCCCCCGUGGUGUGCCAUGGGCGGUGUCAGUGCGAUGUCGUUUCUGGACGUGUCCGAGGAAAUGAAGGAGGAUGGCGUGACCAUGCGCUUCGGCACGGGCGACCUCCCCGACUUCUACUACACGCUGGAGCUGGGGGAGGAGCUGGCGCCGUACUUCGUGCUGCCCGGCGUUUCUGGAGAUGCGCUGGACGCUCUGCUUCCCGAAGGUUCGUCUCUGCCUGGGAGUGGGCCCUACGUCGGGGUGAAGGUCGCUCUGAUGGGCUUCUCCUGGGCGUGCUGGAUGGCUCAGACGACUAUGGAGGACAUCUUCAAUACUGGGCCCCAGUUCGGUCUUUCUUCGCUUUCAGGCGACCAACGUUUGGCCGAAGGCGGACCGCUGCCCCAUCUCAGUCGGGAUUUGCCUGCUGCGCACUACGAGUACAUCGACGAUUUCGGCAUCAUGGGCCUGGACUUCCCGACGCGACCUGGCCAGGAGGCUGGGAUGACGGUAGAGGAGAUCUGGCUCGGUGCCAAGGAGUUGGUGGUAUCCGCCGGGUUCAAGGUGCACAAGGAUGCUUGUGCGGCGGACGCCCGCAUGAUCGGUGGCGAUCUUCGGGGAACUCGUCUGGCGCCGAACCAGGACAAGAUGUGGUUGGCGGUCUUCGGCAUACGGGAGAUCCUGAUCCACAAGUGGGAACUACCCGAUACCGUCGCACGGAUCGUCGGCAUAUUGUCCUGGGGCUUCCUGAUCUGCCGUGGUGCUUUGAGCGUCUUCGCGGACGUGUACGCGUGGUGCAUGGAGUUCCGAGGUGGAGCUCGGCGCGAGGUUCCACGGGAAGUGCUGAGGGAGUUGGCUGCGGCUGCGGCUUUGGUACCGCUGAUCUCGGUGGACCUUUCGACGCCCUGGGACCCGGUGGUGAUGAUGUUCGAUGCGAGCCUCUACGGUGGUGCGCUCAUCUCUACGGUGGCAACGGUGGAGGAGCAGCGUCGAGAAGCACGAUAUGCAGUUCGAGGAGGCUGGACCGUCUGGACGGGCAUCUCCUCGUCCUGGGCUGCGGACGCCUGGUGCGAGGGGGAGGCCUUCAGACGCGUGGGUACCGACGUGGAGUUGGGUACCCGGAUCCGCGUUCCACCUGUGCACGAGUGUUGGGACGACAUCGCUCGGUGGAAGGAGGUUGUGCGCUGGCGCUGGGAGGAAAAGGAGCACAUCAACUUGCUGGAGAUGCGCACGGGGGUGGCCGCGGCGAGGCACUCGGCCCGCACCCGGGCGAGCUGGGGGAAGAGGCACUUACGCAUCACGGACUCGAUGGUUUGCCUCGGCGGCUUCAGCAAAGGCAGAUCGGCCAGCCGGCCCAUUCUGAUCUUGUGCAGGAGAAUGGCCGCCCUCGACCUCGGGUGCGGCAUGCGGGAGUACUGGCGCUGGGUGCCGUCGGACCGCAACCACAGCGACGGGCCGAGCCGAGGUUUCCCGAUUGGGCAGGCACCGAAGGAGCGGAGGACGGACGAGCGGGUGUUGCCGGAGAAGGUGGCUUCGAGGAUCGAGGCCCUGGCGGACUUGGCGGAGGUGGACCCCUUCCAGCCGCUCAGGAUGGGCGUCUCGAUCCCGGUGAAGGUGCUGCGCUUCGUCCACCUCUGCAGCGGCCACACGCGCAUCGGGGACCUGGAGGACUGGCUGCUCAGGAUCGCGGGGUCGCGAGGCUACCUGAUGAUCUGCACCAACGUGGACAUCGGCUUCGGGGCGGAGUUCGACCUGACGGACGAGGUCAACAUGCGGAGGCUGGAGCUGCUGGCGGAAGUGGAGACGGACGGGGGACACUCAGGGGACGACGCAAAGAAGGUGAAGCUUGGGAACGCGCAGUUGCUGAGCAGCUUGAGGAUCCUGAAGGCGAUCGGGCUCAAGGGAGGCUCGGUCUCCAUCGAGCAUCCUGCCGACCCGGGGUGUCCGCCGUUUCCAUCGAUCUUCGUGACCAAGGAGCUUGUGGACUGGGAGGCCCGGGUGGGUGCCUACCGAGUGACCUUCCCGCAGUGCAUGUGGGGCUGCCCCGCGCUGAAGCUGACGACGCUCACGGGGACGGCCUUCGGGAUGCAGCGGUUUGUUCGUCCCUGCGUGCACGAGAACCACUCGGCGAGCCUCUGUGGCAAGGACGAGAGCGGUCGUUUUCGGACAAGGGUGGCCCAGGCGUACCCGUCCGAAUUCUGCAGGAUGUUGGCGGAGUGCCACGUGGACGCAAUGCUGACCAUGCAGGAGAGACGGGAGGCCGACCUGACCGAGAGGGCCGUGGAGCAAUUGAUUUCAGAGACCUUGGAGCGCAGGUGGCUAGCGGUGCAAGAUUAUGCAGACAUGAUGCAAGAUCUACAUGAUUGGGCGCAGCAGUGGUUCAGCGACCUCACGCAGCGGGCCACCGACGGUACCGAGUGGCAGGAGUGGUGCGUGGCCUUCCUGACGGACGUGCUUCUCAGCGGGCCCAAUCAGAAGCGACUCCGACGGAGAGACAGCGGCUACAACAGGAACACUGGACGGAGCUGGAAGAUCUUCGUGCGAUGUUUCGGGUUCGACUUGGUGACCAGGCGCCUGACCAUCGACGAUCGCCUCGUCUCGGGGCUACGGCACCACGCUCAGCACCGCAAGAUGGGCAACACCCACCGCAGGAACGACGCGGAGGGCGCGCACCCACAGGGGGUGCCACGGCGGGAGAGAACCACCUAUGGGCUGGCAUUGCUGCCGUUCUCGGUCUCCACUAAGACGGCGCUGGGCUGCUACGUGCCCAACGUGCGCCGCUUCCUGAACUUCGCGCUGGAGGUGAACCUGCCGAUGAUGAGCCGAGAGGAGAUCGACGACUUCGUUCAUUGCUACUUGGACCGCCUGGUCGAGGAUGAGGAGGUGGGUCCGCAUCGAGGAGAUUUCGUUGUGCAUGGGCUUGCCUACGUGUGGCCCGAGCUCUCGACGGGGUUGCCGAGGGCCAAUCGAGCUCUUCGAGCUUGGCAUCGACUUCACGUUGCGGGAGAAGGGGGACCCCAGCCACUCGAGCUCUGGGCCGUGCUGGACGAGACCAUGAGGCUGGCCGGGAGCGUGGAGGCCGCCGACGCCGCCGAGGUCGCCCUGGACGCCUACCUCAGGUCCGCGGAGCUGUUCGCUUUGCGGGCGGCCGACAUCGUGGUCGACGUGGACGAGGCGGGCGAGCAGAUUGUGGCUCUACGACUCGGGGUGACCGAGCGAGGUGAGAGGACCAAGACGGGCGUGAGGCAGGGCGUGCUGAUCGACCGUCGGCAUGUGAGUGACAUGCUUGUGCGCAGGAAGUCCGAGCGAGACCCCUCGGACCGAGUCUUCAGCUGUUCGGUGGAUGCCUACCGCCGGGCGCUGAGGCGAGCCUGCGACGACGUCGGUGUCGAGCACUUCCCGCCCCAUGCUGCCAGGCACUCGGGGCCGAGCCACGACGCGGCGACGGGCUACAGGACGGUGUGGGCCAUCCAGCGGCGCGGGCGGUGGGCUUCAGAGAAGAGCGUGCUCAGGUAUAUGAAGACGCACGCCCUGGUGGCCGCCCGCGCCGCGCUCCCGCCAGACAUCCUGGAGCGCGGGAGCCGACUGAUGCCCAAGAAGAGUGGUCGCCCUGAAAAGGCUCGUGAGUGA